AUGCUCCCUCCUCCCGUCAGCGCAGACAUAACCAAGUACAAGUCUAACCUUGACGAUUUUCUCUCCAAAAAGUAUGUGGAUCAGUCCCUUCUCCUAGGCUUCACUGCUGUGGUGCAAUCCAAGUUUUCCCAGUGGAUCCAGGACGACGUGGCGGCUUACUAUGAGUCCGUUCACGCUGCUGACGCUACGACUCCUCAGGCCCAGGAGCCUUCUGCCUUUGUGCUGAUCCAGCUCUUGGAGCUGCUUUGGGGUAAGUUCUUACACCCCAUUGUCAAGUUUUACCAGCGCCAGCAUGCCGAUUUGUAUAUUCAGUCGGUGGACUCGCUUAAGGAUAAGAAGAAGGGCAACUUUAAGAUUGUCGAGAUGAGAAAGUUGAACGAGACCUUCUCCAAGUUUGUCAAGUCUUCUACUUCAGCAUACAGAAGUAUACUUGUGCACUUGAUGGCUCAGUAUGAUAAUCCUUUAUUGCCGAAAAACUAUCUUCUGGACGUGGAUGUUGCUACUGGCGACCAGAUGAAGAAAUCCACAAACUCAGACUUCAACGCUAACCUCACGUUUGUCUUGUACCACUGUCUUUUAGGCUUGGGUAAUCUCAACAGACACUCGGCCACUAUUACAGUCACGUAUGUGAGUCCUUGCAAGUCUGUUUCCAGCUACUAUAAGCACUUGAAACAACAAGAUAGAAACGUAUCUUCUCUUAAGCACUACGAGCCUGCGUUGCAGUAUUAUCAAAAAUGCAUAGGUUUAUUACCUGCUCUUAAUGAACCUUAUAAUCAUAUUGGUGUUAUUUACAAUAGCGUCAAUGCCAAGUUUGACGCGACCUUGUGGUUCUUGAGGUCUCAGUUUACUAGAAUCCCCAACUACGUCGUGGGAAAAGUCAAUUUGGCUACUAUUUUCAAGAAACCAUGGCUUGAAGGCGCCUUUGCAUCUGUCAAACUGAAGCAUCCACGUAAAAUGUGUGAAGAUGAUGUCAACAUUUGGCUCCUACGUAUCGUGGCCCAGUUCUUCUUUUCCUCAUUCUACAAGCGUUCAUUUAAUCUAGAAGUUGCCGAGAAGGAGUUGACUGGCGUUUUGUUUUCCAACCCUGAAACUACCAAGUUUGUUAAAAAUCCCGAGCUCAUUCAACAGCACUUGACUGUGUUGGUAUGCUUCUUCUGCUGGGCUGAUGCGGAGAACAACCAGACUGCCAGAAAGAGAUUAGGUUUCUUCUUCAUGUCUUACCUUAAUGGGUACCUUAGAGAUGUGGCCGAAUUAAAGGGUGAUAAAGAUGCUCAUCUCCCGAACUUGCGAUUUAUUUUGGCGUUCUUGAGAAAGCAAACUGCUCUUUUCAGCUUUGACCGUGGUGACAUUAAUCAUUCCGUUGCCAAGGCCGUCAAUGCCCUUAUCCUUAAUGAACACGAAAAGCAAGCACACAGAUUGGCUAUCCUUAAUGACGCAUUUGUUGCUCAAGAUCUCCCGACUCGUACGCAUUAUUUUGCUGAAGAUGUCGCUUUCAAAGAUUUCGGUCCUAUUGGCUACCAGUUUAAAGAUUUCCAGGAUAACAGGUUAUUCACGAGUGAUUACGUUGGGCCGCUUUUCGGUGGUGCUUACUUCAGCAAAGCUCAAGGUAUUCCAUUAUUUUUGGACAACUAUGCUGUUCAGCAGAUUGAUAAAGAGUAUGAGCUCAAUAGCGAAAAGCUUGAUACUGAAGGUAAACGAAAACUCAAGGCUGAUCUCAUUUUCAACGCAUCCGAAGCACUCGAGAAUGAUAUGAGAUUCUGUGCCAUUGCCAAGCAAGUGAGUGAUAACUUUGGUGAUUUGACUCUUGACGAUUACUCUCACUUACUCCAAGUUAAGGUGGAAGUGUCGGCCACUCCUAAUGUCAAGAACUCGAACAAAAAGAAGGCGCCUAAGCAGAAGAACGAAAAGAAAGCUCCUGAGAAGCCAAAGAAGGAUCUUGCUUCUAUUAUUAGAGAAGGCCCUUCGAAAAAGCAAUUGUCAAAGGAGCUCCCUAAGAAGCCUGAGCAAAAAGAAACUCAGCCAGAAGAGAAUGAAGUGCAAGUCGCCAAUCUGUCUACUGACUAUUCUACCAGUAAUGUUGCACCUUCAUCUAUCGAGGAGAUUGAGCUGAUGAUUGCCGGCCACGCUCAGUCUUUCAGACAACCUAAUGGCUCGAGAUCCAUCGAUACCGAAGCUGGUCUUUCUGAUAUGGUUAACUCUAUCAUUGACGACUCUUACCAGGAUAAGUCAAACGAUGUUGUUAUCCCUGACUCCCAAGAUAGUCUGGAUAUUCUUAGAAGCUCUACGCAAGUUCCACAAACUGCUUUGGAUGGAACCCAGCAUAUCCAGGCUGCUUCCACUCAGCAAGAUCGUUUCGCCCAGCCAUUCGGACACGAUAGUUCCCAAAUGCCAGGCCACGACUUCCUGAUGGUUCAGCCAAUGAUGGCUCCUCCAAUGGGCCAGACUCCUCAUAUUGGUUAUGGUUCCAUGGCUCCUCACAGCCAGUUCCUUCAGGGCCCACCACAACCAUUCGGAUACCCACAAGGCUACGGUAUGCCAAUGUACCCAGGAAUGGCGCCUCCACCUCCUCCCCAGCAAUCAGGAAUGCCUGGAUCCACGCAAAUGCCUGAUUUCCAGCAGUACGCUGGUAUCUACGGUCAACCACCAGGAGGAUUUGGCAUGUACGGUGCACCUCAAGGCCCAUGGGCUCGUCCUGGCCAGGCUCCUUGGAACUACUAUAAUGGCAAUUCACAAGGAAGCCAAAAUUUCGGUUCGAGCCAAUAA